CAAAAAAGAUGUCACAAAUUUGCGAUUUGUUGCUGUUAACACGGCUUUAAAGCUAGAAAGACCCGUCGGUCACUUUGACCAAUAUAUGAAUUUCAUUUUGUUCGAAAAUGUAUUUACAAUUUUAUUAAUUUGGUGUAAUCUAUACCCAUUUUAAGCCACAUUUUUAAUCUACUCGCGAAUGCCUUUUAUUUGAGUUCCAAAUUGACAUGAUCGUAUAAUAUGCCUAUUUGGGGAUUUUUAGGGUCGGAGCGGCCCCUAGAUACGUGGACCCAAUUUUCUCUCAUAUUGUCCUGAUCAAAUUUUGGUUAGCGUUUUGGUGGUAAGGUGGAGGGUUCGCUCACCAAGCAGACCAACCUUUACAAUCAAUAAAUAUUUUGAAAAAUGUAUUGAAAUUUUAGGAAUAUCGAGGUGUCAUGCCCGAUAUAAAAAAACUUGCCCCGUAACACUACAAACGACACUUUUCUUUUCAGUUUCCCUUAUUUUCAAUAUAGCAAACACUGUCCUUUGUGUAAAAUUAGUUAUAAAAACGAAACCAUAGCAACGGUUAUUAUUUGUUUGCCAUUCCAAAAAAGUUCUUCCAAUUUUAAUAUUAAACUUCCAUUAUCUUUCGUAUCACAUUGGUCAUAGUUGAGUAUUUUUGUUUAAAAUAAUGACUAAUUUCGUAUUCCCCGAAGAGUUGAAUUUCUUUGUGGAAAGCAUCCGCCCAUUCCAAAUACGAGAAGUAGGCUCUGAAAAAUGGUUAGAUACUCAUGAAAUGAUUAUAAAACUCAGCCAACAAGCCGCCUUGGAGGCGGCAGCACAUCGUGAAGAAGAAGUUAAAGAGAUGCUAAUAUCUCGCGAUAAAUUGAAAUUUUUAAUCCAUGAAGCUUACUGCAUUUUCCUCUGGAAAACCAAAAUUUUACCUCACCUUCUUGAUAUCGAUCCCAAUCCGCAGGCAACAUUUCUAAUAUACACAGUUUUGUUUCACGAAGGUGCCGUUAUAACUCUGCUAGAUCUAGCUUUGUAUCAUUCCAGUGGAUGCGAGGCUUUACAGAAUUCAGUUUUAGAUCUGAUUGACUAUUGUGCCCAAGGUGUGACCCAACUUAUUGGAUUGGUUAGCAUGGGUCAUCAUGAAAACGAUUCCACUGUUGAUGUAGAUGAGGCCAUACUUAGUGAAUUGGAACGUCAAAAACGCGAUUUGAUCUACAAGAUCGGUUUGCGCUGCAUUUCCAUACUUUAUUUCUUGUCUGACAGUUUGAAUGCAUUGCCGUUAAGUGCUGGAAGGCGCAUGAUUGUUACCCAUGACAUAAUCUGGUUAAUGGCGGAUUUGUUACAUUUCCGCCCUUGGCAAAGACGAUCUAAAAAUGGUACGGAAAAGUUCAUUGAUGAAAAGUGGAUGCUAGUGCAAGGCGAGGAAUUGGGAAAAGUUGUCAAACAUGAAGCUCAAACGUGGUUUUGUUUACGCCAAUUGUUGUUUAAUCGAGGUUUUAUGGAAUCCUAUGAAUUUAACGACGAAAGGCGCAAACAUUUAAGCAAGACUUUGGGUCUAAUGUACGAGCCCCUUUUGGACCAGUUGCCACCAUUGAUUGAACUCAAACAAUACCUAUGCCAGCUCACAGUUUCCAAUGCUCAGCCCAAUGGUAUGGGUAAUUCGAAAAAGACAACACUGGUUUUGGAAGAAGUUCCUGAAAUCAAGGACAACCUUAUUAGAGAAACUGAAAAAUUCGGUGGAUUUUUGGCCAUUGCUCAGUUACAAGGGGAACUGUUCUUGUCAAGCGAUAAGGACUAUAUACUAAAUUUGGCUCAACGUUUAAAUGUGGCCUAUAAUACUGAUUUACUGGCAGAAUUGGAAGAAAAAGUAACAAAGGCCGACAUGGGAAAAUCUUUAGAAGAGAAACCAAAAGCAAAACACUUGUGUGAAAAUUGUUCGAACAUCGCAGAAAAAAAGUGCUCCAAGUGCAAAACUAUUUACUACUGUUCAAGAGAAUGUCAACUGGAUGAUUGGCCAAACCAUAAGUCUGCUUGCACUUAAAUAUAAUCUUGGAAUAUCAACGAGAUGGUUAUUACACACAAGAAGUUUAUCUUAAGCUUUUUUUUCAUUUUUUUAUUAUUAAAAACGUCUCAACACAUCAAA